AUUUGGAAGAAGAGAUCCUCUCAAGAUUGCUCCCCUCGUGUCCCUCUCGCCUAACACCACAGCGCCACUGGCGCAAAUCACACUCGGAUACGAAAGGGAAGUACAGCGAAGGCACUUGCCUGCCUUCUGAUCUUGAGAGGAUCACUCUGCUUCUUAAUUAGAAGCUAGGCUGCAGCGUAGGGGCGGCCACCACACAUGGCUUUCCUCCUCGCUGUAGCUUGCAUCUACAUCGUGUUCUCACUACUCACUCUGUUGGUGCUGCUCGUCGUGAGCAGACGCAGAACGACGGCGGUCACUGCCGGAAAAACCGGAGGUGCCACCACGGAGCAGGAUCACAACAAGCUGCCUCCUGGCUCCCUGGGCCUGCCGAUCAUCGGCGAGACUCUCCAGCUCUACACCCAGAAUCCAAAGGACUUCUUUGCCUCCAGGCUGAAGAGGUACGGCGAGGUGUUCAAGACGCACGUCCUGGGUUGCCCGUGCGUGAUCCUGGCAAGCCCGGAGGCGGCGCGGAUGGUGCUGGUGUCGCAGGCGCACCUGUUCAAGCCGACGUACCCGCCGAGCAAGGAGCGCAUGAUCGGGGCGCAGGCCCUCUUCUUCCACCAGGGCGACUACCACCGCCGCCUGCGCCGCCUCGUCCAGAGCUGGGUCGGCCCCGACGCGCUCCGCGCCCUCGUGCCCGACGUCGAGGCCGCCGUGGCGUCCACGCUCCGCCGGUGGGAAGGCAACGUCACCAGCACCUUCCACACCAUGAAGACGCUCACCUUCGACGUCGGCGUCGUCACCAUCUUCGGCCGCCGGCUGGCCGACCACGUGAAGGAGGAGCUCAGGAAGCACUACUUGAUCGUGGAGAAAGGCUACAACAGCUUCCCCAUCCCCGUCCCCUUCACUAGCUACUGCCAGGCCAUCAAGGCGAGGCGGCGGCUGGGCGAGAUACUGAGCGGCAUCCUGGCGGAGCGGCGGCGUGCGCGGAGCGGCGACCUGGGCGGCGGCGGCGACGACGACGACCUCCUGAACACCCUCAUGCGCUACCGCGACGACACCGGGGCGGCGCUCUCGGACGACCAGGUCGCCGACAACGUCAUCGGCGUGCUGUUCGCGGCGCAGGACACGACGGCGAGCGUGCUCACCUGGAUCCUCAAGUUCCUCCACGACAACCCGAAGCUUCUGGAAGCCGUCAAGGCGGAACAGAUGGCAAUCUACGAGGAGAACGAUGGCGGGAAGCUGCCGCUGACGUGGGCGCAGACGAGGAGGAUGCCGAUAACACACCUGGUUAUCUUGGAGAGUCUGAGGAUGGCGAGCAUCAUCUCCUUCACGUUCAGAGAGGCUGUUGAGGACGUGCACUAUCAAGGGUUCCUGAUUCCCAAAGGGUGGAAGGUGAUGCCUCUGUUCAGGAACAUGCACUACAGCCCGGACUACUUCCAGGAUCCACACAAGUUCGACCCUUCCCGGUUCAAGGUGACGCCGCGCCCCGGCACGUUCCUGCCGUUCGGGAGCGGCGUGCACGCGUGCCCCGGCAACGACCUGGCCAAGCUCGAGAUGCUCGUCCUCAUCCACCGCCUCGUCACCACCUACAGGUGGGAGGUGGAGGGGUCGAGCGACGACGUGACCUACAGCCCGUUCCCGGUGCCGAAGCGCGGCCUCCAGGCGAGGCUCACCAGGGCCGCCACCGCCUGAGCGCGCGACGGCGGCCGCUGCACUGCAUGCAUGUUGGAGGAUCUGCUCUCCUGAUGGCCGGCCCUAUCAUCGGACCAAUGCAAUGCAAGCAACGCAUCCAGCAGCACACCCAGGCCAGGAGAUAGAAUAGAUCCCGGCAGGGGGUCAAUGCAAGGCAUCGUCCAGUCAUGCAUGUGGCAGCAGCUAGCUACUGUACUACACCACACCUUCUGCAUCUGCAUGCGCGCGUUUCCAUUUCCUUGUCGUCGUGUCGGGUGCCGCCGGUGGACUAAUGUUCGCCGGCGGCGGCCCUGGUGACAUGUGUUCUGCCUUCUCGGUCCCCUGCAUGAUCGCUUAUACAAAUAUAUAAUAUAGCUGGUCAAUCAUUGGGGUAGACUCUGUACCACCUGUCCAGUUUAAUAUAUGCUCUCUCCUCUCUCU